CCCCGCUCCAGAGGAGGGAAUCGUUCCUUCCUCAGCUCCAGGCUGUGACCACUAGAGGUCUUGUUCUUCCCUCCAUGAGCUGCUGUUCGGAAUGCCAGUGAGAGCCUUGCCUACUUUUUUAAGGCUAAGAAGACACAUUUUCUGCAGGUAGCCCAAAAGCUUUUCAGGAACCAUUUUCUGUUGUUCUGCAUUUGCUGGUUAUUUGGUCUGGACCUCUCUUCUGAUGCCAAAGUAUUCACAGAACUGAACUGACACAACUGAACCAGCCCCUUGGAUAUGAUUGGCCUUGUGUUUGCAAGAACUGCAGUAGUUACACAUCAAUAACUUCUCCCACUGAAUCCCACUGGAUGCUGGAUUUUCCCCUGGUCAGAAGUGGUUACGUUUUGUUUAACUGUUUGGAAAGAUUAGUUUCAACUGGAACAUCAAAAAGAUGGCUGAAGAAGAAAAACUCUCAAUAAAGAAAGCACUUCAGUUCGGUAUAAAGGGAUAUAUUCCAGCAGGAAAUCUAUGCAUCAGAAAUGAAAAUGCCCCCAGAAGUUAUUAUGCUUCUUGUUUAGACAACAUGCAAAUAAAACAGAUCUGACUGGUCCAUCAUAAAAAAGCUGGAUCACUAAUGGAGAGCUGCUGUCAAACAAGAGCCACCAGGAAAGCCAUAGACUCGACCUUACCUUUAAAUUAGUUAACCACAAGUGUAACAGCCUGUUGCAGCUUUGUAAUACAAAGAUCAUGUUAGCUUCAGACAGCAGGAUUUCUGCAUUCCCUGGCUACAAGAAAUCUUUCCGUAAAUUUUCUAUUUAAUUUCUUUAUCUGAGGGUUUGGUCUAAUCAGCAAUUAAAUUCGAACGAAGAUCCCUAAGGAGAGCACGUCGGUGAAACAAAGAGAUAACAAAGGGAUAACAAAGAGCAGAAUGAUCAGCUCCAGGAUUAAAGUGCUAAUUUGUAUCUUGGGAACGACCUUAAGGUACGGGUCAAAUGACAAAUGAAAUGGGUCGCAAGGAAACACGUUACUUACAGACUCUAAACUGUGAUUCAAUGGCCCAGCAGAACAUGAAAAUGCGCCCAGUGCUCCUGAAAAGGAACAGCCUGGACUCUGCGGACUUCCUGAGGCACCCCCAGCACCGCAGGACCAAAUCCCAGCAGGUCCGGUUCAAGGAGGAUGGAGUGAGCACCAAGGCGGAGCUGGAGGUUCAUCCUGCCCGAGACGCGCCUUUCCCGACUGGAAAACCAGAGGUAUUUAGGGAUCACGAUUUUUUGCUAACUCGCUCUCCAACUUUUCCAACAAGGGCUCAGAAGGGGCUUCGGAAUAUCGCCAUCCAAACAUCCCCCAGCCUCAGGAAACACUUCCCGGUUUUUAAGAAGAAGAAGCUGACAGGAAGUAAAUCACUAACAGAGAUGCCGACGGAGCCUGCACAUCCCAUGCAGGUCAAUGGCAGCCUCUGUGAGCAGGACAUCACGUCUGCAGAUCUCUGUUACCUGAGGAUAACGAACCACGGGGAGGACGGAUGCAGGAAUGGUGAGGGGGACGGGCAGGUAAGUCAAAGAGCACCAGAAGCACAAAGCAACGGGCCCGUCUACUCAGAUGAUUCCUCAGUGUCAGAGAAGACAACUGCGUCCACACAGGUGCCUGAAUACAUACACGUGAGCUUUCCACAGGACAGAAAUGUUUCCAUGGAUGCACCAGACACAGCCACGGAUCCAAGUCAUUCCCUGCACUCCUCUGCUGUCCCCCACGGCACUGAAAGCAAUGAGAACAGCACACUGUCCUCUGAGCCUGAAAGAGCAGAGCCUUGCCUAGGCAAUUCUGCCAACUGCAGGGAAUGUGAUCCCCAUUCUGCUGCUUGGGGAGUGGGGAAAAGCGAUUCUGAGCUGCCUGUAGCCAGCAGAGACGCCAGCAGCAAGGAAACAGCUCCAUUGUCACCUCCAUCAAAUCACAGCUCAUCUCCUUGUUCCCUCAGAGACUGUCACCAGGCAGGAGAGCACAAACCAGAUCCCAGCCGUGUGACGUUACCAGGUGAUCACACAGCCAGGGCAGCGACCAGCAGUGACAUCCCAAAACCUGCUCCGGCACGGGAGCCUGGAGUCGAGGAGAAUUCCACCCAGUCAGAUGCUGCCCAGUGCAACAGCUGUUCAGAAGGAUUUCACACAAAGUCUUUUCCGCCAAGGAACGAAAUCAAACCGCAAACCAACCAAGAGAUUAGUGAAAUAAAUCAAAUUCACUUGGCACAUGGCGAACUCUGUGCCCUCCAAGGCAGGCUGCAGUCUGUAGAGGAAUCCUUGCAGUCCAACCAGGAGAAGAUUAAAGUCCUUUUGAAUGUAAUCCAAGACCUGGAAAAAUCCAGAGCGCUGAGUGAAGGGCGUAACUUCUACCACACUGGCCAGGACCUGAACAACUGCAGCACCUGCCAGAACACGGCCUGCAUCAUCUACAGUGUAGAAUAUGACUUCAGACAACAAGAAGGAAGAUUUCACCAGAUUUUGAAAACACUGGAUAAUGCAGAGCAAGAUCCAGCUUCAGCUUCACCUCAGAAGCCACCACCUGAUCCUCCAGCUGCAGAGAAAAAGGAGUUAAGGAGGAAAACAAAAAAGAUGAAAAGAAAAUGCUUCUGGUGGAUUUGACUUCCUUUGCCUCCUUUUAUAUUUCAAGACAUCAGAACAGAAAGAGCUCGGGAGCACAGGCCUGAAAUGUGCUAUUACAAAACCACAAAGGUAAAGAAUGUUUAAUUAGGGUAUCUGAAAAAUCAAAUUAAUUGAAUUUAGUUAAAUCAUCUCACUGAAUAAAGGUGCAUGAAGAUACUAUUUUCAAAAGAGAAAUUUUUUCUUUCAAAAGGAAGCUCUCUCAUUUUUUUUCCAAGGACACUUUCAUAUGCUUUCUAAAGACCUUUUUUUUCAACUUUCCAAAAAUAGCAAGAUUCAAACCUCUACUUUAAAAUAAAAACCAACAUGGUAGAUGAAGGUAAGCAUGUCACACAGCCUUCAUUUCCUCUUUCUAAAAAACUUGGACUAAAAGGGAAGAACUUCAUUGAUCUUUGAAGAAACCACACCAUCAAGAACAAAUUCAGGGAAACCUAUGCUGCUCAUAAAAGUCUCUCCUCAAAGGAGAUAAUCAUCAUUAUUUCACGUCCCCACUGAAAUAUUUUUCUUGCUGUCAUUCCUCUAAUAUUGAACAACAACAAAAAAGGAAUUCUGGUUGAAGUUUUACUCUGCCCUUUUA